AUGCGAUCUCUCUCUCCCUCUCUCUCUCUCUCUCUCUCUCUCUCUCUCUCUCUCUCUCUCUCUCUCAAUUUGUUUUCUUCCUUUUUCUUCAUCCUCAUUUUUUUCUUAUUAUUCUUCGCUUUUCUUGUUGUUGUUGCUUCUUUUUUAUUAUUGCCUCUUCUUUUUUCUUUCCUCUUCUUAUUGCCCCUCUUUCUUCGUUUCGUUUCUUUUCUUGUUGAUUCUUCUUUUUUUCUCCUCCUCUUCCUUCUUCUUCUUCUUUUUCUUCUUCUUCUUCUUCCCAAUGAUACAGUUUUUUCUUUCACCUCUUUGUGUUUCUUCUCAUCUAUACUCCUCUCCUUCACUUCUUCUUCUUUAUUUCAUCUUCGUGAAUGCUCCACUUUUUUUUCUUUUCGUCAUAUUUUUUCUCUUUCUUAUUCGACCCUUCUUUUCAGAAUACUUUCUCAUUAUGUUCUUCUGCAUUUUCCCCCCACCAUUUUCCCGAUCGUCCUGCUUGUAUUUUUCUUUUCUUUUCCCUUCGCCUUCUUUCAAGAAUAUAUUGCCGUGUUUAUAUUCUUUUCUCAGCAUUUUUUUUCUCUUUUUCUCCGUCUUUGUUUUCGUUCUUUCUUUGUGAUUUGUCUCUUUCUUUCCUUCCUCCAUUUUUCAAUUUUUUAUUUCUUUUCCUAUCUCUUUCUUUCUUUCUCUCUCUCUCUCUUUUCCUCUCUCUUUUCCUCACCAUCUUUUUUUCUGGCUUCUUCUCUCUCAUUUUUUCUCUAUAUAUCUUUUCCUCUCUCUUCUGUUCUCUCUCUUCAAUUCCUUUCUCUAUUUUUUUAUUCCCAUCUCUUCUCUCUAUCUCUUUCCUUUUCUCUUUCUCUUUUCGUAUCUUUGUUCUCUAUCUCUUUCUUCCUCGCUUUCUCUUUUCUUCUCUCUUCUGUCUUUAUUCUUUCUCUCCCUUUUUCGCUUAAACUUCCAUUUUCCUUAUAUCUUCUUUUCUGCUCUAUUUCUUCCUAUCUUUCGAUCCCUAUUUUUCUUCCUUUCUCUCCUUUUCUUUUGCUUUCUUUUUGUUCAUCCACUUCAUGCUUGCCGUCUUCAAAUUUCAAGUAUGUAAUAAUUCGUUUUCUUUUUCGCUUCCUCUUUUAUUUCCUCUUAGGUCCACUUCUUUUUCUCCUUCUUCUAAACUUCCUCUUCAACUUUCUCCUAUUUUUGUUUCGGUUUGAUUUUUCGUCUGUUCCUUCUCUCCCUGCUUUUCCUCCUCCUCCUCCUCCUCAUUUUUUCUUCAAUUUUCUCUGUCUUUUUCUACUUCUUUUUCCUUAUCUUUUGAUUUCCUUCCUCGUCCUACUUCCAAUCCUUUCUCUUCCUCCUCGUCUUCUUCUUCUUCUUCUUCUUCUUCUUCUUCUUCUUCUUCUUCUUCUUCUUCUUCUCUGUUUUUUACUACUUCUUUUUCUUUUACUAUCUUAUUUUUUAUUUCCUUCCUUAUCCUCCGUCCCUUCACUUCCAUUCUUCUUCUUCCAUCUUCUCUAUCUUCUGGCUUAUCUUUUUAUUCCAUUACUUACUCUCCUCCUCUUUCUUCCUUCUUCUUCUUCUUCUUCUUCUUCUUCUUCUUCUCCUUCUUCUUCUUCGUCUUCUUCUUCUUCUUCUUCUUCUUCUUCUGCCUUCCUCAUUUUUCUUCUCCUUCUUCAUUUUCUUCGUCUUCUCUGUCUUUUUCUACUUCUUUUUUUUCUAUUACGCUAUCUUUUUAUUUCCAUCCUCGCCCUCCUCCCCUUCCAUUCUUCUCCUUCUUCUUCUUCUUCUUCUUCUUCUUCUUCUGUCUUUUUAUACUUCUUUUUCUUCUCGCUUAUCAAUCUAUUCCUUUACUUAUCCACCGCCUCUCCACUUUAUCUUCAUCUUCUUCUUUUUUGGUCUUUUCUACUUCUUUUUCUUCUAUUACCUUAUAUUUAUCUUCCAACAAUUAUCUUCUUCUUCUUCUUCUUCUUCUUCUUCUUCUUCUUCUUCUUCUUCUUCUUCUUCUACACUGCCACCGCCCUCGCCAAGCAUUCUUUCACGGCUUCAAUUUUUCAUUCAAAUAUCCUAUAUAACGCUAAACAAUAUUUAUGUUUGCUGCCUGAAUACAUAAUCUAUCUAUCUAUCUAUCUAUCUAUCUAUCUAUCUAUCUAUCUGUAUAGAGGUGGGUAA